UUUCUUAUACAAUCUACUAUUUAUAUUCCUCUUAAGUCCUUUCUUGAGAGCUCGCGCAAAAACCGAAAGUAAAACUCCUCAGAUCACAAGUACAGUCGCUGAAAAUCCACCAAAUCAACCACUGUUGGAAACCUCCGGUCAUGAGUACUCCGGCGCUUUCAGGAGGCGCGGGCUUCUUUACUGGAUUUACUCGGCUGUGCAAAGGCUUUGCUGUGUUACUCCUCGGUGGACACAUUGUAGUUCAGAUCUUGCCUUCCGCUGUUGAUUACCUUGCUCUCAUUCCCGCGAAGACAAUUCCUUUCGCUUGGAAUCUCAUUACAGCCGGUUACAUUGAACAAUCAGUAUAUGGGGUGGUCAUUAGCACAGUUGGUCUCCUUUUUAUUGGGAAGCUGCUUGAACCUAUAUGGGGAUCUAGGGAGUUUUUCAAAUUCAUCUUUAUAGUUAACCUUUUAACUUCUGCAUGCAUCUUCAUCACAGCUAUUUCCUUGUACUACAUAACAAGGCGGGAAACGUACCUUUAUAUGCCUCUUUCUGGCUUCCACGGGGUCCUUUCGGGAUUCUUAGUUGGUAUCAAGCAACUCAUACCUGACCAAGAGCUGCCUUUAUUAAGAAUAAAGGCAAAGUGGUUGCCCCCUCUGGCACUGUUGCCCUCUAUUGGUAUAAGCUUCUUUGUAACAGAGUCUACUAAAUACCUUCCCACCAUGAUAUUUGGCACGUAUGUGAGCUGGAUCUACCUCAGAUACUUACAAAGGAAUCCAGAAACAAAACUUAGGGGUGAUCCAAGUGAUGAAUUUGCAUUCUCUACAUUCUUCCCUGAAUUUUUAAGACCAGUAAUUGAUCCCAUUGCUUCAAUAUUUGAUCGGAUGUUCUGUGGAAGAUCGGAGUCUUCUGAGGCAAGAGGUUAUACCUUAGGAACUACCUCCUUACCUGGUUCUGACACCAUCGAGGCAUCUAGGAGGAGAGAAAGGGGUGCUCGAGCACUGGAAGAAAGAUUAGCUGCUGAGAGGUUGGCUGCCGGAGGGAAGUCAGAAGAAUCACAAACAGAUGCCGCAGAGAAUGUUUGAGAGCCUCCUAAACCCAAGUUUUUAAUCCAUACAACCAAUGAGAAUGCGUGUGUACACGAGUUGGCAACUCUAGAGUUUGUGCAGUAUUUGCUAUGGAUCUUUUUUUCUGGAUUCUGUGAGACAAUUUUGUUGUGUUCUGGUCCAGAAUAUGAUAGUCAUGGUACAAAGUAUUGUUGUAGCUGACCUGCACUUUUAGUGAUUUAUACUUGUCCUUGUUCAAGAUACAUGAAUUUUUACAGAAAUGUGUCCCAAAUGUUCGUUUUUUCGACUCA